AAGUUUCACUGAGGCCUUUAUGUAUUUUCCUCUCUUCAUAUUAACAGCUGACGGCUGCUCUUGUUCGUUUUUGAUUUCUAAUUCAGAAAUCUCUGGUGCUGGUGCUGUGUUAUGAACAGAACCUGAAACCCUUGGCAGUGUGGACUUUGUGGACAUUGGUAGGGCCUUUUUGUUCCUCACUGAUCUCUUUUCGCCACUGAGCAAGACAGAGACUCCAUUCACAGACAGCUUUGGAAAGGCUUCAGGAGUCUGGCUUGCAUCAUUUAGGCGACUUUUCUUUGCAUUAAGCAGAAAAGAGCAUGUAGGUGCAGACAUUCCUUUGCUCCUGUUCUCCUCCAAGCAGAAUGGAGAAAACAGGAGCCUCCUUUACCACAUGGGACUAUGUAGUUUUUGCUCUCAUGUUGGUGGUCUCAGCAGCUAUUGGCGUGUAUUACGCCUUCACCCAGUCUGGCCAGAGCAGCUCUAGAGAAUUUCUGAUGGGUGGACGGAGCAUGACGGCUGUCCCGGUGGCUCUAUCCUUGACGGCUAGCUUCAUGUCGGCCAUCACGGUGCUGGGAACUCCAAUAGAGGUGUAUCGUUAUGGGGCUGUUUUCAUCCUUACAUGCCUUUCCUUUAUCUUGAUGGUGUUUAUCAGCUCAGAGCUUUUCCUGCCCGUUUUCUACAGAAUGGGAGUGACCAGCACCUAUGAGUAUCUGGAACUGAGGUUCAACAAAGCGACUCGGCUCUUUGGAACCGUGCUGUUUAUUAUUCAGACAUUGUUGUACACUGGACUAGUUAUCUAUGCACCAGCUUUGGCUUUAAACCAAGUGACUGGUAUAGAUCUGUGGGGAGCUGUGAUCUCAACUGGAGUUGUCUGUACCUUCUAUUGCACCUUGGGUGGACUCAAGGCAGUGGUGUGGACCGACGUGUUCCAGGUGCUCAUAAUGGUGGCUGGAUUUUUGGCUGUGAUUAUUCAAUCAGUGCUGUUACAGGGCGGGGUCUCCGUCAUCAUUGCUGACUCUUACCACGGAGGUCGUCUCAACCUAUGGGACUUUGAUCCAAAUCCUCUGAGGCGGCACACUUUCUGGACCAUCAUCAUCGGCGGUACGUUUAUCUGGACCAGUGUGUAUGGUACUAACCAAGCUCAGGUGCAAAGAUACGUGUCCUGCAAGUCACUGUCUCAUGCCAAAAUGUCUCUGUAUGUGAACCUGGUGUCUCUGUGGAUCAUUAAUUUGUGUUCAGUGUUUUGUGGAAUGUGUUUGUAUUCCAUUUAUAAGAGCUGUGAUCCAUGGACAGCAAGGAAGGUGUCUGCUCCAGACCAGCUCAUGCCAUACCUUGUGCUGGAUAUCUUGAAGGACUACCCGGGUCUUCCUGGGUUGUUUGUAGCAGCAGCAUAUAGUGGCACCUUAAGCACAGUCUCCUCCAGUGUGAGCGCCUUGGCUGCAGUCACAGUUGCAGAUCUGAUUGGACCGUACUUUAACUUAUCAGAGCAAAAACUCUCUUGGGCAUUGAAAGGACUGACUGUAUUCUAUGGAGCAGUGUGCAUUGGGCUGGCUGGUGCUGCAUCCAUGAUGGGAGGAUUGCUGCAGGCGGCUAUCAGUAUUGUUGGCACCAUCGGUGGACCUCUGCUAGGCCUCUUCUCAUUAGGAAUCCUGUUUCCUUUUGUAAAUGCCAAAGGAGGCUUGACCGGGCUGAUCAGUGGAUUAGUCAUGUCACUGUGGGUUUGUAUUGGAGCUCAGAUCUACCAUCCUCUACCUGAGAGCACCAGGCCUCUUAGUCUAAAAACACACGGCUGCAACUUCACCAGCACUGACAAUGAAUUCAUGAACUGCAGACCUUUGCUGGCUGAUUACUGGUACUCUCUAUCAUACCUGUAUUUCUGCCCACUGGGGACUGUAGUUGUUAUUGUCACUGGGCUUAUUGUGAGUUUGCUAUCAGGUGGUAGACCAUUAAAACUGGAACCAGGAUUGACCUUACAAAAGGAGGAUUUAACCUGCUACAAGAUUUACAAAAUACUAAAACAGAAGACUACAGGAAGCACAGAUAAACUGGACCUGACUGGGAGUAAAGAAAAAUCUUGUAAAACCAACCUUGCCUUUUGUGAUGUCGAGCUGGAUAUUACAAAAAUUCACAGAACUUUUGUAUAGGAUAUAUUUUAUUUGUUCUUCAACUUAUUUCUAGCAAAAAAAUCUACUUUUAACUGAUAUUUGAUUGUAACAAGUGUGUUAGAAAGUAAAAGGUCAUCGUUCUUCUCAAUGUUUGAGGUGUUUUUUUUUGUUUUGAUUACUUACAGUGGAUAUUUAGACCCAUUGACUCAUUCUGCACACUAUGUAAAUAGGGUAGCUCAACAGUUAAGGUACCGCUGGUUCAAGCCCAACAUUACAAGUUCCCACUGUUGGGGCACUUAAGCAAGGCCCUUAACCCUCAGUUAUUCAACUGCUUGAUAAAGAUGUUUGCUAAAUCCUAUAGAUGCAAACACUGGAUGGACAAACAUCUCUGCAGCACUCAGUAGAUAAACAAGACAAGGGUCUUAAUACUUUUUUUAAUUAACUACAGAUAAAAAAAGCAGAAAAGCUAAAUUCCUAAACUACUCAUU